CCACCCCGGGAGUCACUUAACUUGAAUGUGUUUUGAACAGGAUUUUAGUUGUAAUGCUGGCAAGAGUUGUCCCCGAGCAGACGUCACCUUGGAGGAAAAGGGGUGUGCUUCCCAGGUCCCCAGCCACAGCCCCAAGAAGGAAUUGCCUGCAGAAGAACCUUCAGUGCUGGGCCCAUCGGAUGAGCCUCCCCCACUCCAGCCAAGGCCUGCCAAGCCUGCUGAGCUGGGACAUUGGAGACUUCCCCCAAGUUCAAAGCAGCCACUGAGCCCGGGGCCCCAGAAGACAUUCCAGGCCCUGCAAGAAAGCAGCCCCCAGGGCCCCUCACCAUGGCCAGAGGAGAGUUCCGGAGAUCAGGAGCUGGCGGCUGUGCUGGAGUCCCUGACCUUUGAGGAUGUGCCAGAGAAUAAGGCGUGGCCUGCACACCCCCUGGGAUUUGGAAGCAGAACCCCAGACAAGGAGGAAUUUAAACAAGAAGAGCCCAAAGGGGCUGCCUGGCCCACUGCCAUCUUAGCAGAGUCUCAAACAGAUAGUCCUGGGGUGCCGGGAGAGCCUUGCGUCCAGACGCUCGGACGGGGCGCUGCGGCGAGUGGCCCUGGUGGAGAUGGGUCCCUUCUUGGCGGCAGUGAAAUUUUGGAGGUCAAAGUGGCUGAGGGCGUCCCCGAGCCCAAUCCGGAGCUGCAGUUCAUCUGCGCAGACUGCGGGGUGAGCUUCCCGCAGCUGUCUCGCCUGAAGGCGCACCAGCUGCACUCGCACCCGGCCGGGCGCUCCUUUCUGUGCCUUUGCUGUGGGAAGAGCUUCGGCCGCAGCUCCAUUCUCAAGCUGCACAUGCGCACUCACACGGACGAGCGGCCGCACGCCUGCCACCUGUGUGGCCACCGCUUCCGCCAGAGCUCGCACCUGAGCAAGCACCUACUGACCCACUCCUCCGAGCCGGCCUUCCUGUGCGCCGAGUGCGGCCGCGGCUUCCAGCGCCGCGCCAGCCUUGUGCAGCACCUGCUGGCGCACGCCCAGGACCAGAAGCCUCCCUGCGCUCCUGAGAGCAAGGCCGAAGCGCCACCGCUGACCGAAGUCCUGUGCUCCCACUGCGGCCAGACCUUCCAGCGCCGCUCCAGCCUUAAGCGCCACUUGCGGAUCCACGCCAGGGACAAGGACCACCGGUCCUCCGAAGGCUCCGGCAGCCGCCGCCGGGACUCUGACCGGAGGCCCUUCGUGUGCAGCGACUGCGGCAAGGCCUUCCGGCGCAGCGAGCACCUGGUGGCCCACCGGAGGGUGCACACAGGCGAGCGGCCCUUCUCCUGCCAGGCCUGCGGCCGCAGCUUCACGCAGAGCUCGCAGCUGGUCAGCCACCAACGGGUGCACACGGGCGAGAAGCCCUACGCCUGUCCGCAGUGUGGGAAGCGCUUCGUGCGCCGGGCCAGCCUUGCCCGCCACCUGCUGACCCACGGUGGCCCUCGGCCCCACCUCUGCACCCAGUGCGGGAAGAGUUUCGGCCAGACCCAGGAUCUAGCCCGCCACCAGCGCAGCCACACUGGCGAGAAACCCUGCCGCUGUAGCGAGUGCGGCGAGGGCUUCAGCCAGAGCGCCCACCUGGCGCGCCACCAGCGCAUCCACACAGGGGAAAAGCCCCACGCCUGCGACACCUGCGGCCACCGUUUCCGCAAUAGCUCCAACCUGGCCCGCCACCGCCGCAGCCACACGGGCGAGCGGCCCUACAGCUGUCAGACGUGCGGUCGCAGCUUCCGGCGCAACGCGCAUCUGCGGCGGCACCUGGCUACCCAUGUGGAGCCAGGGCAGGAGCAGGCCGAGCCCCCGCAGGAGUGCGUGGAGUGUGGCAAGAGCUUCAGCCGCAGCUGCAAUCUGCUGCGACACCUGCUGGUGCACACGGGCGCCAGGCCCUACUCCUGCACGCAAUGUGGCCGCAGCUUCAGCCGCAACUCCCACCUGCUGCGCCACCUGCGCACCCACGCCCGCGAGACGCUAUACUAGCUUGGCCCGCCUUCCGCCAGCCGUGCCCUGCGCCACCUACCCGGGGUCCUCCACAGCGGAGGCCUGCAGGAAUGUCCUUUCCUACCACACCCCACUUCCCUCUCCUUCCACUUUCAUGGCUGUCCUUCCCUGCCCGAGGCAUUGCUUUCCGGCCUCAGCAAUGUAAUUAAAACGCCCGAAGUAAAAUGGCCUUCUCCAAAA